AUGAAGAAGGAGGUGUGCUCCGUGGCCUUCGUCAAGGCUGUGUUCACCGAGUUCCUGGCCACCCUCAUCUUCGUCUUCUUCGGCCUCGGCUCGGCCCUUCAGUGGCCGUCGGCGCUGCCCUCCAUCCUCCAGAUCUCGCUGGCCUUCGGCCUGGCCAUCGGCACCCUGGCCCAGGCCCUGGGGCCCGUGAGCGGCGGCCACAUCAACCCUGCCAUCACGCUGGCCCUCCUCGUGGGCAACCAGAUCUCCCUGCUGCGGGCUGUCUUCUACGUGGUGGCCCAGCUGGUGGGCGCCAUCGCCGGGGCGGGCAUCCUCUACGGGCUGGCACCUCUAAAUGCGCGGGGCAGUCUGGCCGUCAAUGCGCUCAACAACAACACGACGCCCGGCCAGGCCAUGGUGGUGGAGCUGAUUCUGACCUUCCAGCUGGCGCUCUGCAUCUUCUCCUCCACCGACUCCCGCCGCACCAGCCCUGUGGGCUCCCCAGCCCUGUCCAUUGGCCUGUCCGUCACACUGGGCCACCUUGUGGGGAUCUAUUUCACCGGCUGCUCCAUGAACCCAGCCCGCUCUUUCGGCCCCGCAGUGGUCAUGAAGCGGUUCAGCUCUGCACACUGGGUAUUCUGGGUGGGGCCCAUCGUGGGGGCUGCCCUGGCCGCCAUCCUCUACUUCUACCUGCUCUUCCCCAACUCCCUGAGCCUGAGUGAGCGUGUGGCCGUCGUCAAGGGCACGUAUGAGCCUGAGGAGGACUGGGAGGAGCAGCGGGAGGAGCGGAAGAAGACCAUGGAGCUGACCGCCCACUGACCAGCGUCAGACAGGGGCUAGCCUCUCACCCCUGAAUUGCAGGGGAAACCCUCCCCGCCCCCCCCAAAAACCCCCAUGACAGCAAAGCUUCCUUCCCCCACAGCGGGUCCUCUGGGCUAGGGAGGAGGGACUCGCUCCCCAGGCUGCAGUUAGAAAUGGGAGCAGGAACCCAUGAUGGACUCCUGGGGUGGGGCCCCGGGACUGCGGUCUGAUGGGGUGAGGGUCUCUCUGAGACGGGGCAGGCUGCUGCCAUGAGGUCAGACCUCAGAGAUUGUGAACACGGCACUGAGCUCACAGGCCGCCCCGCCCCAGGGGCAGGGCAGUAAGGAGUGGCCUGUGUUCUUCCUCCCGACCCUCCCGGCCCCUCCUCAAGAGCCAGAGGACCCCAGCCCCGAGGAUGGCAGAGGCUGACCCUCCCCAGAGCUCCUUCGGAGGGCGAGAGACUGGCUCACUAAAUGCUGCCUUAUUUAUUUCUGCUUCUAGGUGCACGGGCUAGGGCUGCUGGGGUGUGGAGUGGGGGCUCCCCAAUAAACCACUGACAUCCA